AUUCUGCAAAUUUGUUAAUGUACAUAAAAGUAUCAGAAAUGUUCAAACAGAGACUGAAGGAUGAGUUUCAGUAUCUGAAUGAAAAACCUGGAGAAAGACAAAAACUGAAUGAUGUCUUUAUUGAGCGCCACAUCACAGAGAAACCUGAUUCUCACAUCAGUGAUAAAAGAGGGAUCAGGACCGUAUUGAUGAAGGGAGAAGCUGGAACUGGAAAAACUGUGACUGUGCAGAAGUUCAUCCUGGACUGGGCUGAAGAGAAAUCAAACACUCAUAUCAAUUAUAUAUUUCUGAUCCCUUUUCAGAAGCUGAACAUUAUCAGAGAGACGGUGACGGAGUGUAGCUUCAUACAGCUUCUGCAGCGAUGCUUUGAAAACACUGAACAUCUGAUACUUCAUGACUCUGACAGGAUCAUGCUGAUCCUUGAUGGACUCAAUGAGUUUAAACUCCAGAACACAAAGAGGAUUACUGAUCUAAAUGAUCCAGCCUCAGUCUCUGAUCUACUGACAAACCUGAUCAUGGGAAAUCUGCUUCCAAACGCUCAGAUCUGGAUCACCAGCAGACCAGCAGCAGCCAAUCAGAUUCCUGCUUGAUUUAUUGAUCGUGUGACAGAGAUCCAGGGCUUUAAUGACCAGCAGAAGGAGGAAUAUUUCAGAAAGAGCAUCAGUGAUCAGAGAAUGAGUGAUCAAGUCAUCAGUCACAUCCAGAAAUCACCACGCGUCAGCAGCAUGUGUUAUUUACCAGAUUACUGCAGAAUCAUCGCAGAGAUUCCUGAGAAGAUGUUCAGUACAGGCCGAGAUGAUUUCCCCAAGACUCUCACUCAGAUGUACAGCAGACUCCUGUUAGCUCAGAUUAAACUGAUUCGAGAGAGAAGAGAGACCAUCAUAGCUCUGGGGAGAAUAGCGUUUCAUCUGCUGGUGAACGGCAGCUCUCUCUUCUGUUAUGAAGACUUCAAGAAAUGUGGCAUUAGAUAUGAAAGUGAUCUGAUACGCUCAUCAAUCAUAAAGAAGAUUGAAGACAAAAGCAAGCGUACAUCAUUCUGUUUCGUGAAUCACAGAACACAGGAGUUUCUGGCAGCUUUAUAUGUGACUGAAGUCAUUAAUGUGAAUAAUCCACACCAGCUCAGAGAUCUGUCCAGUCUGAAACUUGACUACGGAGUGAAGUGCUUCACAGAUUACAGUAUACUCCAGAACGUGAUGGAAAACACUUUAGAAAGACAGAUGGAUCUCUUCUUCUGCUUUUUACUGGGUUUGGUGCUGGAGUCCAGUCAGAUAGCUUUAAAAGACCUCCUGACACAGAGAGAAAGCAGCUCUUCAUCCAGUCAGCUCACAGUUCAACCAACACGGUCUCAC